AUGUCUGUCGCCUAUGAAUUUGGCUGUUCUUCUGUUCUAUCAAUCGAAACCGGAAUCAGGCAUUGGCCAAAACCUUGGUGGAUUUCUACCCGCUUGCUGGAAGAUACAUCAAGGAUGAGAACCGUGUCGACUGCAACGAUGAGAGCAGAAGCUCUCGACGUCGAGCUCGUAGAUCUCAUCGGGAAAAGCCACCCUCGUCAUCGCCGUCAGCGUUUCGCACAGGAUUUUCGACAUACCUUCCAUCACCACCUUCAUUUCCAGAUAAACUGGUUCAAGUCACCCCGUCUUUCGGCAUUGCGUCUCUACUCCCCUGCAAAGAUCACAAAGGCAUCUAGCGCCGAUGGCCCCAAGAUUGUUGCUAAGAGGCUGCUAUUCGACAAGGCGGCUUUAACGACUCUCAAAUCGAAAAUAAGGCCGGAGACGACUUCAGGAUCCCAAGUCGUGUCCGCCGUUAUAGCCAAAGCCCUCAUCGGCGUGGACCGUGCCAAACAUGGGAAGAGCAGAGAUUUCGUCGUUUUCCAACCAAUCAACAUGCGAGAGAGAACGAUUCCACCUCAGUCGAAGCACAUUUGUGCGAACCUGACGUUCACGACGCUGACGCCAGAGGAGAUGGGAGUCCAGGAACUGGUUGAUGUGAUUGGCGAUGGUGUUCGGAACACUGUGGCUGAGCUUGCGGGAGUGCUGUCUCCCUACAGAGAUGGACGCGAGAUUAUCAUGAAAAGUUUGGGGAGCAUGAUGAAAGCUUUUCAGAAUCAGGAGACUAAGUUUAUAGCCUUCUCCGACUGCAGCGAGUUUGGAUUCUACGAAGCUGACUUCGGGUGGGGGAAGCCUGCGUGGGCGACCCUUAUACCGCAGCGGCUGCGUAGCAACUCGAGUGUGCUGAUGAGCAACAAAGAGGGUGAUGGGAUUGAGGCAUGGGUGCAUUUGUACCAAGAUGACAUGCCUUACUUCGACCAAGAUGAGUGUAGUGACCCGCUUUUUAUAUGUUAUUUAAAUACAGUAUCUCGAUAUUAA